UCCUUCUCUCACACCUCCUCCAUGUCUCUCAGGAGCUCCAGCGGCUCCAUGAUCGGCCUCGGCGGCGGGCGGCUGUCCUCCAGGCGGGCCGGCAGCGUGUACGCUGGGGCGGGGGGCUCCGGGGUCCGCAUCUCCUCCUCCUCCAUGAUGGGGGGAGGAGGAGGAGGAGAUUACAGCUUCUCCUCCUCCGGCGGAGCGGACAGCAGCGUCAUCGGAAACGAGAAGUUCGCCAUGCAGAACCUGAACGAGCGGCUCGGCUCCUACCUGCAGAAGGUCCGCUCUCUGGAGAAGGCCAACGGGGAGCUGGAGCUCAAGAUCCGGCAGUUUGUGGAGAGCAAGGUCGGUCCGAGCACCAGAGACUACAGCGGCUUCUUCACCUCCAUCUCUGACGUCACGGCCAAGAUUCAGGAGGCCAUCAAGGUGAACGGAGCGAUUCAUCUCAACAUUGAUAACGCACGACUGGCUGCUGACGACUUCAGGAUCAAGUACGAGAGCGAGCUGGCCAUGCGUCAGUCUGUGGAGGCCGACAUCGGCGGUCUGAGGAGAGUCCUGGACGAGCUGACUCUGAGCCGGACCGACCUGGAGAUGCAGGUCGAAGGUCUGAGGGAGGAGCUGAUCUUCCUCAAGAAGAACCACGAGGAGGAUCUGCUGUCGAUGCGGACUCAGAUGAGCGGUCAGGUGUCCGUGGAGGUGGACGCUGCUCCGGGUCAGGACCUCAGCAAGGUGAUGGUCGACAUCAGGGAUCAAUACGAGGCCAUCGCCGCCAAGAACCAGAGGGAGCUGGAGGUCUGGUUCCAGGCAAAGUCGGAGGUUCUGAGCAGAGAGGUGCUCACUCAGACGGAGACGCUGCAGACCACCCGGACAGAGGUCACGGAGGUCAAGCGGACGCUGCAGUCGCUGCAGAUCGAGCUGCAGGCCACGCUGGGCAUGAAAGCGUCUCUGGAGGCCACCCUGGCUGAGACCCAGAACCGGUACUCCAUGCAGCUGUCGGGGUACCAGAUGCAGGUGACCAGCAUGGAGGAGCAGCUGGUCCAGCUGAGGGCCGACCUGGAGAGACAGGGACAGGAGUACCAGAUGCUGCUGGACAUCAAGACCAGACUGGAGAUGGAGAUCGCCGAGUACAGGAGGCUGCUGGACGGAGAGGGCUCCGCCAGCAUCAGCUCCUCCUCCUCCACCACGACGAUGACCAAGCGGACGGUGGUGGUGGUGGAGGAGGUGGUUGAUGGGAAGACGGUGACCUCCUCCACCUCCUCCUCCGCCACCGUCCAGAGCCUCUGAGCUGCUGCCGGGGGUGACGGCCGACCUUCAUCAUCUUCAUCUUCAUCAUCUUCAUCGUUAACUGAUGUUGAGAUCUGAUGAUUAAACAAUAAAA